AUGAACGUGCCUCUUCCGCAACCUGGGAUUUUACCAUCAGUUGACGAUCUCUACCUCUAUCAAGUGGCCAAGAGGCCUCUAGUUGCAACCAUGGUAUAUUUGGUCUCAUUAAUUUGGACCACCAAUUGGAGCGUCAUGAAGGUUGUAUUCCUGGUCAACAAAUAUUCCCCAGUGAUCGACAUCACACUUAUGGCAUUAGGACCAGAUUCGUACUUUGCUGGAACACUUGUAUCGGAAACAAUUCUCCUCGUCAGGACGUAUGCGUUAUGGGGUUUCGAUAGGCUAUACUUGUAUAGCGCCACAUUCAUUGUGAGCAUGAUGAUUAACACCUGUAAGGUGUUCGCUUCUUACACGGCCAGUAGCUGA